UUUUAUAAAUAAAGGAUUGUUUCCAAAAUAAAUUAUUAAGGAAUUUGUAAAGACAUGAUCAUAAUGAACAUAAAAACACUAUUUGCUUUUUUUUUUUUUUUUUUUUUUUACUUUAAUAGAAAUGCAUGCAAGAUAUAUCCCAUGGACUUCAAAAGUCCCUCAAUUAUAUAUUACUCAAACAAUUACAAGACCUGUUUUGAUGUGGGGGAAAUAGAGGCUUUGACACUGAUUACUGAGAAUGGUAUGCAGAUUUUUGGACAUAUCAUGGUUGAUAAAAAUGGAAAACAAGCACAAAAAAGUGAAAGCUUCAAAAGUAAUCAUUGCUUAUAGUCAUUUAUUUAUAUAAUUUCCCGGCAGAAGAAAUCCGUUGGUGAAAUACUAAUUUGCAAUAAAUCAGAUUUUGGUCUGUAUAUGAAUAAUUAUGCGUUUAUCUGGAGAAGCUCCCACUGUUUCCGGCUUCCUCGUUAAUUAGAAACACGUCUUAGGUGCGUGUCCGCCUCCAUAGCUGCUCUUCCAACACCUUUACUGUCAGGAGGUGAUGGAAUAGAGAAACACAAACAAUCCGAAGACAGCAGGCUGGGCUGUUAGCAUAAGUUCCUCGUUAAAAAUGAAGGUACCAGAGGAGGAAUCGAUGAGUGAUAUUCUGAAAAGGUUAACUGGUGAGUCCGCGCUGCCUGUUUACAGCAACAUCGAGAAGUUCAAGCGAGGGAAAGACGGCUUGUACUUCGUUGCCGAGGAAUUCAGCGAAACUGUGAAAAAAAGAGAACUGGUCAACGCCAAGGAGCGACUGAGAAUCAGGAACCUGAAUGCCAUGUUUUCACGCUUGAAACGCAUGGUGCCACUAAUGCGACCAGACCGUAAGCCCAGUAAAGUGGACACACUUAAAGCUGCGACGGAAUACAUUCGAUUGCUUGUGGCAGUUUUGCGGGACGCUGACAGUGAUGAUGGCAGCGGCACUGAUUUCCUAAAGAAUGCAAUCACUUAUGGUCAGACUGAAGGCCUGGGUCAUGACUUGUGGAGAGUGGAUGAUGUGAGUGUUUUGUUUGUUUCCAUUGUGCAGUUAGGGCAGGUAGAUUGA